AUGCAACGUCCUCAACCACCUGGAUCUGGUUGGUCAAGGGAGAACGGUGCCGUCAGGGGUGUUCCGCCGCAAGCCGCGAGAGGAGAGCAAUCCAGUGCGCGACCGGGACAUACAACAGUCGAAUACGUUGUCCGGGUUCCGAAAAUAAAAUGCAACGCCAUUUUCAGGAAGGAUGUGAGUCGGUCGUACCACGCAAUGAAGUUCAAUGCUAAUCUGAACAUCGAUGUCGGCCAAUGGACCAAAGUGAACAUGGUCAGAGAAAAUAACAUCAAAGAAUUCAAAAUUGAUGACGACAUGCCAAAAUAUGGAGCUGGUAGUGAGUACGGAAAAGAUGCAAGAGAUGAAGCAAGGAGACGCAAAUAUGGCAGAUCCAAGAAAAAAUAUUCUGCCGAAGAUCAACCUUGGCUAAUGAAAAUCGGCGGAAAGGCGGGAAAGAAAUUCAAAGGUUUACGGGAGGGGGGAGUGACAGAGAAUGCAUCGUAUUACGUGUUCAUGCAAGGAAACGACGGAUCAUUCGAGGCGUAUCCAAUCAAGCAUUGGUACAAUUUUACACCGAUCCAACGUUUCAAGGCGCUCACAGCCGAAGAAGCCGAAGUCGAAUUCGGGAGACGCAAUAAAAUUAUGAAUUUUUUCUCUGUGAUGGUGAAGAAGAAGAUCAAGACUGAUGAAGACGAUUCCGGUCUGAAAGGAAACGAAGAGGAUGGGAAAAAGUCCGGCAAAGGAAAGGGGGAUGCGAAACAAAACUCGCUGAAAAUUUCAGAGAUGGACGAGUGGAUAGAAUCCGGCGAAGAAUCCGAUUCCGACAGUGACGAAGAUGGUUCUUCAAAAAAGAAAGAUAAGAAGAAUGACAGGAAGAAAGGAGCUAAAGCUAAGGCAAAGAAACCGAAAAAGGAAGUCGAUUCCGAAGCUGAAGAAGAAUCAGAUGACGGCGAUGAAGAAGGCCGUGAACUGGAUUAUGAUUCAGAAUCAUCUGCCAGUGAGGAUGAGCUUGAAACCAAAAGAGAGGAGAAAGGUGUCGACGAGGAAGAUGCCAUUCGUAAAGUACUGGAUUCUGAUUCAGAUGAAGAAAACGAAGAAGAAAAUAAGGAGGAGAAAGAAGGAGAAGAUGAGGAAAAAGAUUCUAAAGAUACUGGGAACGAAGAACAAAAAAAUAUUCCCAAACCGGGAGGGGAACCGUCAUCUAGUUCCAACACGCCCAAGAAGAAAAAGAAAAAGAAGAAGGAAUCAGAGAAGAAUGCUGCUACUAGCCGGGAAAGUUCUGCGGAUAGCUCUGACAUAUCUGAAUCUGAGAUAGACUUGGAGUCCAGCGUCUUCUUCACGGGAAAGAAAAAAGGCAAAGGAUCAAACAGUGCUAGCGAAAGCAAUUCGAGAAGUGGUUCUCCUCCUGCUCCAGUUGAAAAUGGAUCCCGGCCUGAGAAGCGCAAAGCAGAAGAUUCCGCGGGACAACAAACCAUGAAAAAGCUUAAGUCUGAUGCACAUGACAAGCCUGCACCUGGUGUUUACCUUCCCGCUGCUGCUAUUCAAGCAGCCAAUGAAGCUGGUAUUACGGAGGAAGGCGUAAAGCGUUACCUGUCGAGAAAGCCGAUGACCGCCAAAGAACUUCUGCAGAAAUUCAAGACAAAAAAAACUGGGAUUCCUUCAGAUCAACUGGUUUUGAUCAUAGCUCAGAUAUUGCAGAGAUUGAAUUUGGACAAAAAGAAGAUACGCGAUGCCCUGUACUUCUCUUUGAAGCAGUAAAAAUGCGCCUCCACGGAGUCGUGUUUUCUCUUUCGUUGUUUGUAUAUUUGUGUUUUGUUCAUUCGAUAAAUUCGUCUACGGGACGAUAGCAACUA